ACCGAUGCAGUAACAACACCUCUGAGCCAUGCGAGAAUUGUUAUUAACGUUUCUUUUACUAGUUGCGACUAUCACUCAAGGUGAUACCGGCGUGUUAUACCCUAGAAGCUCUAUCACGAGAGAGGUGCAAUCUCUAGACGGCCUAUGGAAAUUCUCCCUAUGUAACAACAGCGUAGGUGUAAAACAUCGGACUCAAACAUCGGACUGCUCAGAGUACAACGAUGAUGAAGAUUUGGAAUUAAUGCCAGUGCCGUCAAGUUACAACGAUAUUUCGAUCGACGACACCGUCAGGGACCACGUGGGGGUAGUCAAGUAUCAAAGAAGUUUCAUCGUACCGAAAUCGUGGGCCCAGAAAACGGUUUGGUUGAGGUUUGGAUCUGUGUGCUAUGCUGCUGAAGUGUACCUAAAUGGCAAGUUGGCCAUGUCUCACGAAAUCGGACAUCUGCCCUUCGCUGCGAAUGUAUCGCCAUUUUUAAAAUUUGCCAAUGAAAACGACAUUGUGGUCUUGGUAAACAAUACUCUAACAAAUUCUACCAUUCCACAAGGAACUAAAGUAGUCCUACCUAGUGGGAGAAUAAAACAAGAAUACACUUUUGACUUUUUUAACUACGCUGGAAUUGACAGACCUGUGGUGUUAUACACGACGGAAGACACAUACGUCGAUGAUAUUACAAUCACAACACAACUUAGUGGAACAACAGCCAUCGUAACCUACGACAUAUUGGUGGAAGGAAAUGAUAUUUCUGACAUAGUAGUUACUGCAAUCGAUAAAGGAGGGAAAUAUAUAGCUUCGAAUGAUGCGCAAACUUUAACUGGAACCAUAAAAAUCGAAAACGCUAAAUUAUGGUGGCCCUAUCUUAUGGAUGCUGAACCGGGAUACCUGUACACACUAAGGGUUGAAGUGUUUAAUAUUGGCGACAAACUACUCGACCGUUAUGACCAACCUUUCGGGAUCAGGGAAUUAACGUGGGACAACACCACUUUCAAAAUCAACGGAAAACCGCUAUACCUACGCGGUUUUGGCCGUCACGAAGACUCCGACAUUCGUGGUAAGGGUUUGGACUUGCCUCUGAUCAUAAGAGACCACAAUCUGAUCAAGUGGGUAGGCGCCAAUUCAUACAGGACUUCUCACUAUCCUUACGCAGAAGAAAUCAUGGAUCUGGCUGAUAGUUUGGGUAUCAUGAUCAUCGACGAGUGUCCUGCGGUUAAUACACAAAGAUACAAUAAGGACUUGUUGGAAAACCACAAAAAAUCUUUAACCGAACUGAUCAACAGGGAUAAAAAUAGACCCAGCGUGAUAAUAUGGUCAGCUUCAAACGAACCCAGUACCCAGUACAAUGAAUCCGGGCCUUAUUACAAGGAAGUUAUAGCACACAUAAAGUCACUGGACACAUCCAGGCCAGCAACAGUAGUAAACAGUUACAAUGCUCCAGAAGACCAUUCGGGACAAUUCCUGGAUAUUUUGUGUUUCAAUAAGUACCUCGGGUGGUACGACAACCCAGGGGACUUGGACGUCAUAGUUUCAGACUUGAAAGGGUACGCAGAAGCAUGGCAUCGAAUACACAACAAGACUGUGAUUGUGACGGAAUACGGCGCUGAUACUUUAGAAGGAUUGCACUUUCUACCCACGUACAUUUGGUCGGAAGAAUACCAAACGGACCUGAUGUCUCGAUAUUUUCAAGCAUUCGAUGAACUGAGAGAAAAGGGAUGGUUUGUUGGAGAAAUGAUUUGGAAUUUCGCUGAUUUCAAAACUGCCCAAACUUAUACACGAGUGGGCGGAAACAAGAAAGGAAUUUUCACCAGACAACGGCAACCAAAGGCUAGCGCUCAUCUAUUGAGAAGAAGAUAUUGGGCUCUCGCUGGACUAUUGGACAACGCAACUCAACCUGAUGAUUUAGACGAGUACAUCAUAUAAAAUUCGAAAUAUGGAAACGAUUAAAAUUUUAUUAUAACAUUACAAACUG